AGGGGAAGGGGGCGAGGGGGCGGAGCGCUGCACUUUGGUAAAGUUAACUUUCGGUUCGGGCUUUGGAAGUCCAGGGCUGGGGGUCCGGAGGAGGAGGUUCCCGGCUCCCCAGCAGGGGACGCGGCGGGGAAGCUGGUCAGCCCCUGGCCGCCUCGUGGGCAAAGCCUCGCGUACUUAGCCCCCGGGCGCGGCGCUCCCCGACGUGGCCGGGGCCCGGGUGCGAGGAGCGGCCAACGCGGAGGGGAAAGGCUGGGGUCCGAGGAGAAGUGCCCUCCAUGGAGCCAGAGGGGGGGGCCGUGGCCCACGUAGGCACCGAGGGCCAAGUCCAGGAGCCCCACCCCCUCCCAGCCUUGGGCUCGCAUCCUGAAGACCCAGCCCAGGACAGCUCCGACGGUUCGGACACGGUGUUGUUGCGCCUGUAUCCCUGUACUCCAGACUCGGGGAGUCCGGACCUGGAUGGGGGCCUCGCCGCACCUCACACAGGCAGCUCCUUGAAGCACUCCACCACCCUGACCAACCGGCAGAGGGGAAAUGAGAUUUCAGCUCUGCCUGCCACCCUGGACUCUCUGUCCAUCCACCAGCUUGCCGCUCAGGGAGAACUGACCCAGCUGAAAGAAUACCUUCUUAAAGGUGACAACUUGGUGAACAAGCCCGAUGAGCGUGGCUUCACCCCCCUGAUCUGGGCAUCUGCUUUUGGAGAGAUCGAGACUGUGCGCUUCCUGCUGGAGUGGGGUGCUGAUCCUCACAUCCUGGCCAAGGAACGAGAGAGCGCCCUCUCCCUGGCCAGCACUGGCGGCUACACAGAUAUCGUGGUCAUGCUUCUAGAGCGGGAUGUGGACAUCAACAGCUAUGACUGGAACGGUGGGACUCCGCUGCUCUAUGCUGUGAGAGGGAACCAUGUGAAGUGUGUGGAAGCUCUGCUGGCCAGAGGGGCCGAUCUGACAACAGAGGCGGAUUCAGGCUACACCCCAAUGGACCUGGCUGUGGCCUUGGGACACAAGAAGGUCCAACAGGUGAUGGAGAACCAUAUCCUUAAGCUUUUUCAGAACAAGCUGCUUCCAGAGACAGAGUGAAGGGGGCCUACGACACUGGGCUUUGGUCCUCUGCCUUCCACCUUGGUGCUCAGGAAGGCCAGCUUACUAAGAAGGCAGUUCUUCAGUCCCUAUGGCCAGGGAGAACAGGUCCAAGAGGAGGUCUCCCUCUUCCUAUGGCUGAAAGCUGUAUAUCUUUCCCUAGCCACCUACAGAGCUUUGGGGGGCCACCUAAGAACUCAGUGCCCACCAAUCAUGUCUACUGUGACACAACGGGCAAACCCCAGACAGAAACAAGGCAGCUCCUCUCCCUCCCAGGACCAUGGGAGGGACUGUGCUACUGGCUAAUGACUUGCCCUGGCUGGAAACGUAGCUCCCCACUCCACCCAGCGGUGCUGGCUCUUCUGCUGCCCCCACAUCAGCCAUCCUUGUAGUCCCUCUCUGCCUCCCCCAGCCCAUGAAAUGGGAACAAAUAACCAAUAAAAACCAGCUGCUACCCAAACAA